GGAGUAUGGAAAAUUCUAUAAACGUAGACCUUCACUUAAUCUCUACACACCACAACAAUUAAGUGGCAUAUAGAAAAAUGACGGAAGUUCUGACUUCCAAUGUCCUGGAAAGCAAUGAAAACAUAGUACAAUAUUAUACACAAAAAAUCCAAAAUGCAGAAUUGAAUAUUCUUAACAAAACUCAAAAUCUUCGACGAUUAGAAGCCCAAAGAAAUGGAUUGAACGCUAGAGUUCGUCUUCUGAGAGAAGAAAUUCAGCUUCUUCAAGAGCCUGGAAGUUAUGUUGGAGAAGUGAUUAAAACGAUGGGUAAAAACAAGGUGCUUGUAAAGGUGAAUCCUGAAGGAAAAUAUGUCGUUGAUGUUAGUCCUGAUGUCGAUAUCAAAGAAAUCAAGCCUAAUAUCCGUGUUGCCUUAAGAAACGACUCAUACCAGUUGAUUAAAAUCCUUCCUAAUAAAGUGGAUCCUUUGAUUUCUUUGAUGAUGGUUGAGAAAAUCCCAGACUCCACUUACGAAAUGGUUGGUGGUUUAGAAACACAAAUCAAAGAAAUAAAGGAAGUGAUUGAGUUACCUGUGAAACAUCCAGAGUUGUUUGAGAGCUUGGGUAUUCCACAACCUAAAGGUAUUUUAUUGUAUGGACCUCCAGGUACAGGAAAGACUUUACUUGCUAGAGCCGUAGCACAUCAUACUGAUUGCAAGUUUAUUCGUGUGAGUGGUUCCGAAUUAGUACAGAAGUACAUUGGUGAAGGUAGUCGUAUGGUUCGUGAACUUUUCGUUAUGGCUAGGGAGCAUGCUCCGUCUAUUAUUUUUAUGGAUGAAAUUGACUCCAUUGGCUCGUCACGGUCUGAUACUGGAGGCGGUAGCGGUGACAGUGAAGUUCAAAGAACGAUGCUUGAACUGUUAAACCAGCUUGAUGGUUUUGAAGGGACAAAGAAUAUUAAAGUAAUUAUGGCUACGAAUCGUAUUGAUAUUCUAGAUCCAGCUCUGUUGAGACCUGGACGUAUUGAUCGUAAAAUUGAAUUCCCUCCUCCAUCUACUGAAGCUCGUGCUGAGAUUUUGAGAAUUCAUUCUCGUUCUAUGAACUUGACUCGAGGAAUUGACCUGAAGAGUAUUGCAGAGAAGAUGACUGGAGGCAGUGGUGCCGAGUUGAAAGGUGUUUGUACAGAAGCUGGUAUGUUUGCUUUACGUGAACGCCGUGUGCAUGUUACUCAAGAAGAUUUCGAACUUGCUGUCGUAAAGGUUCUGAACAAGGGCGAAUCUGGAGAAAUGAGUUUACAAAAAUUAUUCAAGUAAUUUGUAGUCGAAUUUAUGAAUGAAUAUUAUGAUUCUUAUAUCUUGAAUAGAUGACAGAAUGUAGUAAUGUAAUGGUUAAUAUGGAC